AUGAAUCAGCAAAAUCCAACCGAUCAGGCAUCUUUAAUUACUGGGUUUCGCGUUGGUAAUAGGGCUAUUCGAGGUUGGAAUCAGUCUAGUGGCGGCUCCAAUGGUUCUUUGCAGAUAUUGUCUCAAGGAACCCAAGACAUACGAAAUCCAAAUGGUUCCGUUCAGACAAUCCCACCCCCAGCCCAGAAAUCCCUAGAAGACUGGUACAAGGCUCACUACUACGACUACUACUUUAAAGCCUACAAGGCAAAUGGCUUGGAUGAUGCGACAUCCUCUCAAUAUGCUCAUAGCUGCGUUAGUGAGUUAGAAAGGACAGGAUACAUUCAAAAUGCGAUUCAAGCACAGAGUGAGAUAGAGUUUCAAGCUGCUUCAAACCCAAAAGAGUUUAGAGAACAGAAGCAAAAGCAGCAAAAGAGUUCUCUACAUAAUAAGGAUACGAAGCAAUUUCAAACUUCAGCAGUCUCAAUAAACAAGUCCAAAGGUCUCCAAAACUGGAUUUACAGACUCUUUAGCACAUAUAGAUCAAAUGGUACUUCAAAGGAGGACAUUGAGUGGAACCAAAAGCUUUCUGCAUACUCACAACAUAUUUCUGAGCGUUACAAGAACUCCAAUAAAGUCAUAGACUGGGACCUCCAGAACCUUCCCAAGAGAGAAGUUAUCCAAAACUUUAAAGUCAAGAAUCUCGAUCAGAGUGAGGAUAUCGAUCAUCCUAGUGAAACCUCACCUAAUCCAACCGUCGUAUCCAAGCUAACUCCAUCUUCAAGAAGAAGAUUUAAUUCUCAACUCGAUACUGAGCUUAUGAAGAAUGAAGCCAACUCUUCCUGUUACAAAAAUGAGGAAAGCUUUCCACCUUUAAAAACUAAAAGAGCUAGAGAGAUCCACACAACUGAUCAAGAGAAAGAUGGGAAGCAAAUUAAGCAUUUAAAGCAGAGGAAGCAUGGCAAAAAUACUGAAAACUUAUUUGGGAAUGAUGUAUCCACUAAACCAGAAUCCGUCUCAAAAAGUAAUUAUUUAGAUCAAUCAAACCAGUUUAAUUUUGUUUCAAACUACACUUUCCCAACCUCCACAAAUGGUCAGUUUAGUAAGUAUGAAGGAGAUGGAUACAUAUUGGAUGCAAAUGGAAACAAAAGGCUUUCUUGGCAACAAAUUCUAGCUCUUGGGAAAAGUACUGAAAAGAUUGUCGGUCUCUCUAAUGCUUUAGAGAAACAGUACCUUAGGCUCACAUCCUCUCCAGACCCUAAUUUGGUCAGACCAGAACAUAUCUUGAGAAAAUCUCUUGACUUUGUAUACAAUAAUUAUCUUAACUAUACCAAUUCUCAAAGUUUGAGUACCCAAAAGCAGAAGAAAUAUGACUGGAAAUACUUAGAAGAGCAGUUUAGAUCCAUUCGCCAGGAUUUGACUGUUCAAGGAAUCAAGAACCUAUUCACCAUUCAAGUAUACGAGCUUAAUGCCAGAGUUGCAUUGGAAAAUCAUGAUCUUGGUCAGUUUAACCAAUGCCAAGCUCGUCUAAAAGAACUUUACUCUCUUGGACUCGUGAAAUUUGAAGGAUCCAAUAGAGAGGAAUUCUUAUGUUAUUACAUUAUUUAUGUAACUCUUCAAAAUAUGAAGGCUGAUUUAAUUCGUGUCUUGGAUGAAGCACAGCCAUAUAAGAAUUUCAAAGGAAUUUCUUUUGCAAUUCAGGUGUGUAAAGCACUUAUGGAAGGUAACUACUACAGGUAUUUUAAGUUGUGUAGAAAGGCUCCUUGGAAUUCCAGGUUUCUAUUUGAAAUAUUUCGUAAUAGACAGCUUAUUGUGGCCCUUACUACUAUGACCAAAGCAUUCCGCUUUAUUGAGAUCUCUGUACUUACCUCCAGCCUUGGAUUUGAAUCAAAUCUAGAGUGUCAUAAAUUUCUAACUUCUCAGAAAGCUGUUUUUACACACCCAAGCUCUCCAAUUAGUGAACUAAAGCUCGAUUGCAAGGCAAGUUUUGCUGUAUUCUCUUCUUCACCUCUUCUUCUAAACAGAAAGGUUCAAGCACUUGGAUGA